AGGGCCUUCUCCUCAGCCCCUUUGGCCCAUGUGCUCUUGAGCGGCAGAAACAAGCCCUGGAGGGCCCUCCGCCUCCCUCGGGUGGAGCCCACGCGGGGCAAGGCAGGAGGAGAGGCGGCGGAGGGGCGUUUGCAGGGAGGGCUGCGGCCUCCUUCCUCCUCCCUCCCUCCUCGCUAUCUCUGCCGCACACAGAGCGCAGGGAGGCGGAGGCCCUCUCCUCCUCCGCCUCCUCCUCCUUUGCCGCCGCCCGAGCGAGCCCCAGCUGCCGGAGCUGCGGAGACAGGAGGAGCAAGAGCAGCAGCAGCGGGAGCAGCAUGGCGGGGCAAGGCGGCUACUGCCGUGCAGCCACGGCCGUCAACCUCCUCCUCGGCGUCUUCCAGGUCCUUUUGCCAGGCUUUCGGCCGGGAGAGGCGCAGGGCCAAGCCAUCGACCCGAUCCCCAACGUGGUGGAGUUGUGGCAAGCCGAGGAAGGGGAGCUGCUGAUGCCCGCCCAGGCUGAAACAGAGGAGGAUGUGGAGGAACAUCCACAGGAGCAAAGCUUCUCUGCAAAAAUGCCUAAUGGGAGGCUCCUCCAUUUUCAUCCCUCAAUUCUCCAUUUUGGAAGGCAGUUACUGGGACUGCCUAAAGCUAAAAUGCUAUAUGCUUACAAUCCUAGUAGGGAUAAAGACAUUAUAGUGAAUUCAGUGUUUACAACUACUAGACAUUUUCAUGUGUCUCCUGUUCAUACCAGGGUCUUUGGAACAGGAAUUUCAAGGGUCGUUUCAGAAGACUUUAGAAAACAGUUAGCAAAUACUUAUUUACUCUUUCCUCAUAUCAACAGUAUCCAGAUCUCACAAACACUGGCAGAAGCUAGGAACAUCAGUCAUUUAAAAGUUCGUCUUGAAUGCAGUUUACACAACAAUUUGUAUCAACAUUUUAAGAAUUGCUGCUUUGCUUCUGAUGGGAUGCUGCUACUAGAAAUAAGCUUGAUGGUCAGAAUUGAAAAUAUUCAGCAUGAGUUCGUGGAUCUUAGGCAAUACUUACUGGAAAAUCUUUUCAUAGUUUAUGUAGCAGUGGACAAAACACAGACCUCAGAUGAUUCCCCAGUAAUCUUGUAUGUAUUGCAUUCAGGGAGCAACCUUCUGUAUCUACAGGACGUAAAACACUUGUCACAGGAGGGAAAAUUUUCUGUGCUAUUUGAGCCAAUAUUGUUGCCGUCACUGACCAUGAACUUCACAAAAGUUGCUUCUAUUUUUUGUAAAGGUACGUUGUGUGGCCAUGGGAAUAGCCAUGACAUUAAUCAGAAGGCAAAUCUAUUGGAUAGUACACCCUUACCGAAGGCAUGUCUUUCUCAUCCAGUGGUGGAAGGGUAUCUUGGUAUCAAUCCAUUUGCGACUGUAUUCCACAUAGAACCACAUCGCAGUAUUUCAGCAUCUUGGUCUAUAUGGUUUACAAACAGCUUUGAUUUUAGCCUCAUCCUAAAUGAUGUUUAUGUUUCAAAAGAAACUGAGGAUAUUCUAAAGGUCCUGAACUUCACUGAUCCUUUGACUCUACCUCCAGGCUGUUGGAAUGUGUUUUCCUUGAAACUUCACAACCAAGAAACUGUUACAAACGUAUUUUCCAAAGUUUUUGUGACCACAAAUAUUGGAGUGAUAUUUGAGAUACCCUUACAGAUUAAUUCUGUUUUGUCCCAGAAGGGAGUUGUUCAUUUCGAAGCCAUAGCACAUCAUGAUAUAUACCGUUCCUUGAGAAUGUCUGACGCAGCAAAUCAUCUUUGGGAAAAGAGCCUUUCUCUGGACAGUUCUACGUGGAAUGUGGAUUCUGAUCUUGCACAUGAGCUCCAUCAAAAAUGGCAAAAAAUUAAGCAAAGUGAAAUUUGCAGGAGAAAUCUUGGUGAAGUCAUCCAAGCUGCUGAUAAACAGAAUCCUGGAGAAGAGUCAUUUGGGUUAUCCUUUCCCCACUUGGUUACAGAGUUUGGUCUUACGUUGAACUUCAGUGCAGCUGCUCCUAUGAAUAGCAUGGUGAAAUACUUUACGCUAAGAAAUCCUUCACCUUUCCCAGUGAUGUUGCAACUCCUGCCUCUGUCUUUCUAUCCUGAUCCUCGAGCCCCACUGAUUCUUCUCAGCAAAUGGUUUGAUGGAAGUGUACCAUCUAUUAAUUUUACAACCACUGAAUUUAGAUUGACAGAAGAAGCAGCAGCUCAUAGGGGUGAACUGCAAGACGAUCAUGGUUAUAUCAAAUCUAGUUCUGAAAUGCUUCAUUUGAAAUUGCAGCCUUUGGAAACCAAGCGAGUGGGUGUAGUUUUUACACCUCUUGAUUACAAAAGAGUAACUUCCAUUAUAUUGGUGAGGAAUAAUUUGACUGUUCUGGAUGUGGUUUAUGUUGAAGGCAUUGGAGCCAGAGAACUAUUGAAAGUAGGGGGAAGGUUGCCAGGGGCAGGAGGAUCUCUUCGGUUUAAGGUGCCAGAGUCAACCCUCAUGGACUGCAGGCAACAACUGAAAGAUGGAAAGCAAAUUUUAUCUAUCACAAAGACCUUUAAGGUUGAAAAUAUUGGUUAUCUUCCUGUUACCAUAACCUCUAUGAAGAUUAAUGGAUAUAGUUGUCAAGGAUAUGGGUUCGAAGUACUUGACUGCCGUGACUUCUUUCUGGCACAAAAUGCUUCCCGGGAAAUUAGCAUUGUAUUCACCCCUGAUUUCACGUCUUCUUGGGUGAUUCGUGAGCUCACCUUGGUAACUGCUGCUGGUGUUGAGUUCCACUUCACGCUCAACGUGACGCUUCCUCACCAUCUUUUGCCCCUGUGUGCAGAUGUGGUGCCAGGACCCAGCUGGGAGGAAUCCUUUUGGAGGCUUACAGUGCUCUUUGUUAGUUUGUCUCUAUUUGGUGUGAUUUUGAUAGCUUUCCAACAAGCACAAUACAUUCUAUCAGAAUUUAUGAAGUCAAGACAGAGGCCCAAUCCUAAUUCUUCUCCAUUACAAAAUAGUUCUGUGGAUACCAUCAGCUCUGAAUCUUACAAGAGCAGCUGCAAAAGCUUUACAGAUUCUUACAGCUCUUCGGAUAAAGGAAAAGGAAAGGGAUCCCUCUCUGUGGGCACAUCAAGCAGUCGUAGCCAGAAUGCUGCCAAGAGGAGUCCGGCGACAUAUAGUCACUCUCAGAAGAAACACAAGUGCUCUGUAUAUUAUGGUAAACAGAAAUCAAACUCGGCAGCUGGCAGCACCAUUCUCACUACUGACGACAAACAAAGCCAGACAACUGAAAACCAAACCUCAGCACCAAAGGAAGACAUUUGCACUGUCAAUGAAAGCUGGCUGAGCCUGAAAUAUGCAAACAGCAUAAAUGUAAACAUGCAAAAGAACUUAACACACCCAGGGAACUUUCUAGAUAAGGAAGAGAUUGCAUUGAAAAAUGCAACACUUAUGAAAAAUACUUCUUCAGAGUGCCAUUUGAAGGAGAGUCUUCGAACAAGUAUGUUUCCUAAGGAAACGAAUCUUAAGACUUCAGAAAAUAUAGCAGAACUCAAAGAGCCUGAUCUGUGUUCUUUGAAGUCAUCAAAAAAGCUGUCUGAAAGUCGCUUUCCAAGACAUUCACCUCAGCAACAAUCAGAAUUUCAAGAUGCUUCCAGGAAGAAUAAUGGAAAUAGCCAACAAGUGCCUCUCAGGAAUGAAACAGAAAACUGUGAGACUUUGAAGAAACAGAUUAACACAAAGUCUUCCACAGAGAAGAUGUUAAGCAAAGGGCGUAAAGAUGAAUCACUGUGUUGUGGAAAACAGGAACUUUCUUCUGUUGAGCAGAGAGAUGUUCACCAGAAAAAUGGAUCUCAGGAGAAAAGAGAAGGGCACUUAACAAAUACAAGUUGGAUUAGACAUAGGACAAACAGAAAAAAUAAAAAGAAACAUAUUAAUAUAUCUGCACGGGUUCCAGAACAGACAGAGCUGAAACAUGCGUGCAACGAAUUUGAAAGACCAGAACUUAGAACAAAUAUCAACAUAAGAAAUUGGUGUGCUCAGAACAAUGGAGAAACUUGUAAAGGAGAUGAGAAAACUGGUUUGUCCACACAGAGAGAAGCAGAAGGUUUCUACCAGUGGCCUCAAAAGAAGUGCCUGGAAAGGUUUUGCUCAGAUUCAAGCUCAGACUGUGGGAGCUCUUCUGGCGGUGUGCGGGCGAGUCGUGGGAGCUGGGGCAGCUGGAGCAGCACCAGCAGUUCUGACGGAGAUAAAAAGCCAAUGAUCCCUAGCAGACACUUCCUUCCUUCUAGGGAAACAAUUUCAUGCGGUGAUUUUCCAACUGAAACACCCAUCACAUUAAACUUGUCUCACAACAUCUGCAACACCAGCAGAGAUGUGAAUAGUGUCACUCAGUAUCCAGAGAAUUUGUGCCCCAACUUCACUGACAUAACUGUGGAUCCUGAUAAAAAUAAAGGUGUCUAUCCAACGGGUGAUCUGUGGCCACCUCAAUCUGUCUGCCUGGCAAAUAGUGUCAACUACAACCUUGAAAACAACAUACCAUGCAUGAUACAGGAGAACCCUUCAUUACACAGUGGCUUCAUUGACUGGAAUGCAUCUUGUGAUGGGCAGUUUGCAAGCAUGUACUGUCCAGUAGAAAUUAAUGAAUACAAUGGUUUUCCAGAAGAAAAUAUGAACUACCACAAUGGUUUUCCCUGCCAUGCAGAAGUUCAGAAUACAGCCUUCAUUGAUCACAAUUGUCAGUCUACCUGGAACACCCCAUCCAGUCUUCCUCCAACUUGGGAACCCACCCCUUACAUCAAUCCAACAUCCUACCUCUCAAGCACCAGGAGUUUGUCACCGAUGUCUUCACUGUUUGGUUCUAUCUGGGCCCCGCAGAGCGAUGUCUAUGAAAACUGCUGCCCCGUCAGUGCCACCAGUCAGCAUUCAUCUCAGGUGGAAAACCAGGCAGUUAUUUGUAAGCAGGAAUAUUACCCGAGAUUUAACCCUUUCCGUGCCUAUAUGAAUUUAGACAUAUGGACAUCAGCUGCGAACCGGAAUGCAAAUUUCCCUCUUUCUAGGGACUCUGGUUACUGUGGAAAUGUGUGAAAAUGAUUUUUUUUAAAAAAGAAAAGAAAAAGAAAAAUGUGAAAUAAAGAUUCUUUCAGUUUUGAUUACUAGAAUAAGCUGGUUGUUGAACUAGAAUUCAAUGUUGGUGGAUAUUUUGGCACUUUUGUAUGAAAAAUAAACCUUUUUUUACUGAA